AUCACUCCAGAUCUGUUUGGAUGUUUUUACGGUGCACUACACACAUGGCAUCUAGAUUAUGUUGAAGUGUCUGUGAGUUGCUGACAUUAUGAAUGAGGAAAAUGAAAGCGUUUGUUUGAACAGGUCAGUGACGGAGAUGUUCCGCUUUAGUAGCCUGGAAGACAUCGAUGUGACAGCUGACGGGAGCCCGGUUCUGAGAUUCCUUAUCUGCCUUGUUUAUUCAGUGGUCUGCGCUGCUGGUCUGAUGGGCAACCUGCUUGUCAUCUUCUUCUUCAGGGUCAAACAAGAGAGGAAGAAGUCCACAGUGAACUUCUUCGUGCUCAGUUUGGCUGUGACUGAUCUGCAGUUUGUUUUAACUCUGCCCUUCUGGGCCGUGGAUACCGCGCUGGAUUUCAGCUGGCCGUUUGGAAACGCCAUGUGCAAAAUCAUCCUCUCGAUCACCGUGAUGAACAUGUAUGCCAGCGUGUUUUUUCUCACUGCCAUGAGUGUGACCCGGUACUGGUUUGUCACCUCUGCUGUGAAGACCAGAACCCUGCAGAAGUCAUCUUCCGCCAAAUGGAUCUGCGCGGUCAUUUGGACAUUGGCGACUUUGGCGACUCUGCCAACAUCGAUUUUCUCAACUGUCGGGAAUGUAACCGGAGAAAAACUGUGUUUGCUGAAGUUUCCCGGUGGACAGUAUUGGUUAGCAGUUUAUCACAUACAGAAAAUACUUGUAGGGUUUGUAUUGCCAAUAUUCAUCGUGUCCUUCAGCUAUCUCAUGCUGCUGCGUUUUGUCCGCAAUCGAACUAUGAAAACAAUGCGCAACCGCAAAAGGAGAUCCAGUGUUACACAAUCUAUCACCAUCGUAGUGUUGUGCUUCUUCCUAUGCUGGAUGCCGAACCAUGCCAUCACCUUGUGGAGUGUGCUGGUUAAAAUGAACGCUGCAAACUGGGACAAAACAUACUACAUUGUCCACACAUAUGUGUUCCCACUGACCAUAUGUCUGGCGCACACCAACAGCUGCCUUAACCCGAUUAUUUACUGCCUCAUGAGGAAAGAGUUCAGGAACAAACUGGGAGGUCUGAUACACAGAGGAUAGUCUUUUAGGAUGAACAAUCUGACAGAUCGCCAAAAGUGUUGAUAAACAGUAGCCUAACCAUGACACGUGGGCGCGCACGACGAGAUAGACAUAAGCUUAGAGAGCACCGACCAGAACGCACACUCCGUACAUGCCAAAGCUAUUUACUCGAUUGUGCACAAAGAAAAUGUAAUUUUCGUGUGUGCUUCUUGUCUAGA